AUAUAACUAUAUAUAAAAGUCCGCCCUAGAAUUACGUUGAAGCAUGUGUUGCGUGUUAGCCACAUAAAUAACUACAUUAUUAACUACUACAUUUACUAUUAAAGGCAUAGCAGAUAUUGGGCGCAGCAACACUAACAUAAUUUUUCGAUGACAAAUCAUUUGAAGCUAAAUCCAACUUCAGUUACUUCCGGCAUUUAGUGCCGUGUUAAAAAUGGAUACGGGUGACGAUGAGCAAGAUUCUGUUGAUAAGAAUUUAGUUGGUAGUGCAAAAAAAUCGAAAUUAACUCAAGAAAAUGAAACUUUGCCGUCUGGAGUUGUUUCUACACAUGAAGGACAGAAACCUAGCUCUAGCUCUAGAGCAGCUAGCCAUGAACAAGGGAAAACAUACCCAAAUGUUUAUACCCGAGAAUUCGGGGAUAAUGCAGCAUCUUCUAGCAAUAAUGCGUAUGGUGUAAGUAAUAGAGAAGCUUUAAACAUUGCAGACAUUGCAAAAAAGUUUUCUUCACCUGAUUCGGUUGUUGAACAAAAUCCGGAACUAAAAAUUACUCAAUCGGAUUCUAAAGUUCAAAUUAUUGAAAAAAUUACAAAAAUAAUAGAAUCUAACAUAAAAGAGCAAAUGAAAAAAGCUGAGAGCGCGAAAAUGUUGAUUGGUGAGAAGAGAGAAUUCAAAGUGAGUAACACAGAAGUUGGUGAGAAUAAAUAUCUAAAAAUUGAUAAUACAACAAAACAAAUUAAAAAAAAUGAAGACAUAGAUACUGAUAACUCAAAUUUGUUGGUCGAAGACAAGAACGCAUUAAAAACCAAUAGUAUGGAAGUUUUAGAGAAAAAAGUUAUUAAUAAAGACAAACAGGCGUCAAAGUAUAUUAGACAAGACCCCAAGAAUGGCAAUGCUGCAGAAAAUAUAGAUGCAACUAUUGAAAAUAUAUUCCUUGACGACACUAAUGAAUCCUUUAGCAUUGCAUCUAUUACUGAAGACGAUAUUGAAAAAGUUCAUACUCACGAGUCUGAUAGUUCUGAGGGUACUAAUAGCGCUAAUGAUACCGGUGGUACCGAUUAUACUGCUGACAACAAAAAUGUGUCCCAAAUUGUUAAAUCUUGUAAUGUUAACAAGACAGAUGAAUCAGAUGAAUUUAAUGAUACUGAUGACUUAGAUAAUACCUAUAGUAUUGAUGGUACAGACCACAGCGAUGAAUCUGAGGACACUGAUGUCAGUGACGACAGUGAUGACACCGAUGAUGCAGAUAGCUCCGAUGACACUGGCGGCACUAAUGAUACUAAAAAUACUGAUGACACUGAUAGCACUGAUGGUACUGAUGAGAAUAAUGAUACCAAUAAAGUCGAAAACAAUGACAUUGCUAAUACUAAUCAACCUGAAAAAAGUGAAAAAUAUAAAGAUAAACACGCUGCUGAAAAGCAAGAAACUCUCGAGCUAAAUAAAAUUGAAGCUGCCGAUAUUGUUGAUGAAUUGGAAGUUGGGUCCUUUGCCGUUUACAAGAAUGAUAAUAAGAAAAGUGAAAACAGUGAAAGUUCAAUUGACAUAAUGGCAGAAAUCCUCAGGACUGAAAUUGAUGAAAAAUUUAUUAGUUCGCCUAUUGUUAAUUGCGAACCAGAAACAACUGCAGAAGGGCUUAAAAAUAAUAACUUCAAAAUGGACUCAACACUGAAUCACACCGAAAUAAAAAACGAACCACAGGACGAUAAAAACGUUAAGCGUCAAAUCACAUGGUGGGAUGAAAUACAAGAAGGUGACUGUGGUCCUGAUCCUCUAGUGUCACAAAUUCAAUGUGAUGGAAAUGUCUUAAUGAGAAUUGUUAAGCAUUGCACUGAGGCAGGUGAAACAGAUUUAGCGCAAGGCGCCUUACUCGGUUUAUUAGAUGGCAAAUGUUUAGAAAUAAAUCACUGUUUUUCGUAUCCUAGAGCUAGUGAGGAGCACUUUGAUGAUGAUGCUUAUCAAUUUCAUCUAAUGCGUCGCUUACGUCAUGUUAAUAUCGAUCAUUUUCAUGUUGGCUGGUACCAAAAUUCUAAUUUAGGUAACUUUUUGUCAAAAGGAUUGCUUGAAUCCCAAUUUAACUAUCAAACGAAUAUUGAAGAAUCUGUUGUACUUAUUUAUGAUACUGUAAAAUCAUCACGUGGCUUUUUGUCCUUAAAUGCUUACCGUUUAUCACCGCAAGCAAUCGAAUUAUAUAAGAGCGGAGACUUCACUGCACCUACAAUGCGGAGACUUAAUGUUACCUUUGAAAACUUAUAUCACGAGAUACCAAUUGUUUACAAGAAUUCUGCUCUAUCUAAUGUGUUGUUGAAUGAAUUAGUUGAUGUGGUUCCACAUCUUAGCAACAUUUACCCAAUUUUAGAAAUGGGCACUGACAGCAUUUUGGUUAAAUACAUGAGCACCUUUAAUUUUUGCGUCGAUCAUCUCUUUUUGGAUGGCAUACGUCAAUGUAAAUUUCUAAUUCAAACAUCGAAAUCUAAUCUUGAAAAGCAACGAGCUUUGUCGAAAUUGGCUGCUGAUAAUGCUUUCCGGGCUAGCAGAGGAUUGCCACCGAAAUCAGCGGAAGAUGUGCUUAAAAAUAUUCCUCCUGUUCAAGUGCCGAGCAAUAUAGGUUCCGUAGUUGCAGCGAGUAUCAUAAAUAUGAAUUCCCAGUCCAUGGCACAGUUUUGCGCACAAUCUAUGGCUAAGCUAGAGUUGACAGUACCUCUACAAAUAGCCAAGGAAAAAAUGCAUUUAAAGAAGAAACUAAGGAAAGAAGUUGAAGAAACAAAAAUCAAGCUAAAGAAGGAAAAGAAGAUUCGUAAAAAGAAGAAAUCUUCAAGAGUUUAGAGUUGCUUGAAACGGCAGUUGUUUCUCUUAAUGUACAACUAUAACAUUUAAAAUUUAAGAUUUCAUGUACUUUGGGAGAAAAAAAUAAAAUGAACAUUGAGCAUAA